CUGGAAGAAGACACUCUGAAAAAAGAAAGACGGCCAACGGCGUCAGAUAACCAAUGGAUAUGAUCCAUGAUGAUGACGGCAUCGAUGAGAUGGGCUUUGACUUUUCAAACUACCCGUUGUGGAAUAUAAGUGACAGCUCAAACUUCAGUGAUUUGGAGUCGGGCUUUUGUGAUGCUGGAGAGCUGGAGUUCACCAUCAAAAUGUUCCAGACUUGCAUUUUCUGCCUGAUCUUCGUGCUGGGCGUGGUGGGAAACUGCCUGGUGAUUGCCACCUUUUCUAUCUACCGCCGCCUACGGCUUCGCUCCAUGACCGACGUCUUCCUGUUCCACUUGGCGCUGGCUGACCUUCUCCUGCUCCUCACGCUCCCAUUGCAGGCCAUCGACACUCACCGGGGUUGGAUCUUCUCCAGUUGCCUUUGCAAAGCCACGCGUGCAUGCUACGCUAUCAACACAUAUAGUGGGCUUCUGCUGCUGGCCUGCAUCAGCGUUGACCGCUACAUGUUGGUGGCACGAGCCCAACAGAUGCUCAGGCUGCGCAGUCGUAUGAUAACAGGCGGGAAAGUAGCUGCUGUAGCUGUGUGGUUUGUUGCUGCGCUCCUCAGCCUGCCUGAAAUCCUCUAUUCUGGGGUGUCAGAGUCCAGCAUUGAAGCAUACUGCGGCAUGCUAAAGAGUGGAAGAGUCAAAAUGGCCACCAAUGCAGCCAUCAUUGCUGUUUUCUGCCUGUCUUUGUUCGUUAUGGUGACGUGCUACUCUUUGAUAGCUCAAGUGCUGAGGGAAGGGAACGCACAUGGGCGGGGGAAGCAGGGGGAUCACCAGCGCACCUUGAAGCUGAUGGUGACUCUGGUGCUGGUUUUUCUGGUAUUCCAGCUGCCGUACACAGUGGUGCUGUCACGUAAGAUGGCAGGGGAGUUUUGUAAUCUGCUGUUGGAGUACAUCACCUGCACUUUGGCAUACACCCGCUGUUGCCUCAACCCUAUCCUGUACGCCCUGGUGGGCGUGAGGUUCCGCAACGACGUGUUGACGCUCAUCCGUGAUUCCGGCAGCCAGUGUGGGCGCUGGCUUGUGCCACAGACUGUGAGCUUCACCUCCAUCUCCCCGAUUUCACCUUCUCAAACAGCGCUCCCUGCUUGCUCUCCAACAUCCCCCAACGCAGUCCACCGAUUUCAGUUUCCAGAAAUCAAAUAA